GAGUUCCAAAAGAGAACCUGCUAAAUUUUAGAUUUUCAGUAACUUUUAUUUAUCCUACCUCUUAACAACGCAGACAAUAUGGCGCAAAGCAAACUGAACGAUCUUGCUGGUAAGCUAGGUAAAGGUGGCCCACCUGGAUUGACCAUUGGACUAAAACUACUGGCAGCAGUCGGAGCAGCCGCAUAUGGUGUCAGCCAAUCCUUGUACACCGUCGACGGUGGCCACCGCGCAAUUAUCUUCAACCGCAUUGGCGGCAUUCAGAAUGAUAUAUACACCGAGGGCUUACAUUUUCGCAUUCCGUGGUUCCAAUACCCCAUAAUCUAUGACAUUCGCUCACGCCCACGCAAAAUUUCGUCCCCCACUGGUUCAAAGGACUUGCAAAUGAUCAACAUUUCGCUGCGUGUGCUCUCGCGUCCAGACUCCCUACGCCUGCCUGGUCUGCAUCAGCAAUUAGGUGUCGACUACGACGAAAAAGUGUUGCCCUCCAUUUGCAACGAGGUGCUUAAGAGCGUGAUUGCGAAAUUCAAUGCUUCCCAGCUGAUUACACAGCGCCAGCAGGUUUCGCUGCUGAUACGCAAGGAGCUGGUGGAACGGGCUCGUGACUUUAACAUUAUCUUGGAUGACGUUUCGUUGACUGAGCUGAGCUUUGGCAAGGAAUACACCGCUGCCAUUGAAGCAAAACAGGUUGCACAGCAGGAGGCACAACGUGCUGUCUUCUUUGUUGAGCGGGCAAAGCAGGAGAAACAACAAAAAAUUGUCCAGGCUGAGGGUGAAGCCGAAGCAGCCAAAAUGUUAGGUCUGGCCGUCAAACAGAAUCCAGCUUACUUGAAGCUUCGUAAACUGCGUGCUGCCCAAAGCAUUGCGCGGACGAUUGCCAAUUCCCAGAACAAGGUAUACCUGUCGGCUGAUAGCUUGAUGCUAAACAUUCAGGACUCUGGCUUCGAUGACAUGACUGAGAAAGUUUACAAAAUUGCAGGCGAUUUGGAUUAAAAAUUUGGCGCGUGUCAAACAGAUUUAUUUCUUGUUAUUUAAUUGUAUGAGCAGUCAUUUGUUUUCAAAUGCUAUUAUGAUGUACGCUCUGCAUUUAAGCUAGUGCCUAAGAACCGUUUAGUUUUAUCCUACAGUUAAGCGGCGCGUCUUCAUUUUUCACGAAUUGUGUGGCCCGUCUCGUGCCGUGUAUGUGCUCUGCCAUUUGAAAAUAGUUUCAUCUCACAUUACUUUUCAAUUGCAAACGCUCAGCACGCGAGUCGCGCUAACAGUACGUGAAGAGAGAAGCGACGCAGAAGCGGCGCAGCAUUUAACAUCCAAUCAUACCCAUCAAAUAUAAAUUGAUAAUAAAUGCGUGAUGUAAACUGUCAAAA